AUGAAGACAGCCACCUGUUUAGUGAGUAUACCCCAGAGGAGUUUUGGGAUUGAUUAUGACUGUGGCUGCUUUGUCAAGGAUGGGAAACCUUUCCGUUACAUCUCAGGUAGCAUUCACUACUCACGGGUGCCCCAGUAUUACUGGAAAGACCGUUUGUUGAAGAUGAAGAUGGCAGGACUUGAUGCCAUCCAAACGUAUGUGCCGUGGAACUACCACGAGCCCCAGCUGGGCGUUUAUGAUUUUUCUGGUGACAAAGACCUCGAGUAUUUCCUGCAGCUUGCUAAUGACACUGGUUUGCUGGUUAUCCUGAGAGCUGGACCUUACAUCUGUGCAGAAUGGGACAUGGGUGGUCUUCCUGCAUGGCUGUUGGAGAAGAAAUCUAUUGUUCUCAGGUCUUCUGAUUCAGAUUACCUGGCAGCAGUAGAGAAAUGGAUGGGUGUCCUUUUGCCAAAGAUGAGGCCUCACCUCUAUCACAACGGAGGUCCAAUCAUCAUGGUGCAGGUAGAGAAUGAGUAUGGAAGCUACUUUGCUUGUGACUACGACUAUCUGCGUUCCCUUCUGAAGCUCUUUCGCCAGCACCUUGGGGAUGAAGUGGUGCUGUUCACAACUGAUGGUGCAAGCCAGUUUCACUUGAGAUGUGGAGCUCUUCAGGGUCUUUAUGCAACAGUGGACUUUGCCCCAGGUGGCAAUGUCACAGCAGCAUUCUUAGCUCAAAGGAGCAGUGAACCUACAGGCCCUUUGGUUAAUUCUGAGUUUUAUACUGGAUGGUUGGAUCACUGGGGGCACCGUCAUUCUGUUGUGCCCACACAAACUGUAGCUAAAACACUUAAUGAAAUCCUGGCACGUGGUGCUAACGUUAACCUGUACAUGUUUAUAGGCGGAACUAACUUUGCCUAUUGGAAUGGUGCUAAUAUGCCAUAUAUGCCACAGCCCACUAGUUAUGACUAUGAUGCUCCACUGAGUGAAGCGGGGGAUCUGACAGAAAAAUAUUUUGCCUUGAGGGAAGUCAUUGGUAUGUAUAAGCAGUUACCAGAAGGUCUGAUCCCUCCGACAACACCCAAAUUUGCAUAUGGGAAGGUUCGCUUGCAGAAGGUGGGCACUGUGGUGGAGGUUCUUGACACGCUGUCACCUGAAGGACCAGUGAAAAGCACUUACCCAUUAACCUUUGUUCAGCUAAAGCAGUAUUUUGGGUUUGUACUGUACAGAACUACACUUCCGAAAAACUGUACGGAGCCAACACAACUGUCUUCAACUUUAAACGGAGUUCAUGAUCGUGCCUAUGUCUCUGUUGAUGGGGUUCCUCAAGGUGUCCUUGAAAGGGACAAAGCACUUACGAUAAAUAUAACUGGGAAGGCUGGAGCAAAUCUGGACAUCUUGGUAGAGAAUAUGGGCCGAGUCAACUUUGGUAGAUACAAUAAUGACUUUAAGGGUCUAGUUUCAAAUUUAACUCUUGAUCAAGAUAUACUUGUUGAAUGGGAAAUCUAUCCUCUGGACAUAGAUGGAGCAGUGAACCAUGACAUUGAUGGCCACCUUGACCGACCAGAGAGAUCUGUUGGCAAUCCGAUGAAUUAUGAAGCACCUACUUUUUACACUGGUAGACUUUCAAUUCCUGGAGGGAUUCCAGACUUGCCUCAAGACACCUAUGUCAGGUUUCCUGGCUGGACAAAGGGGCAAAUUUGGAUCAAUGGCUUUAAUCUCGGUCGCUUCUGGCCAGCCCGUGGUCCUCAGUUGACCCUUUUUGUUCCAAGGAAUAUACUUGUUUCAUCGGUGGCAAACAACAUAACAGUGUUGGAGCUAGAGCGUUCUCCUUGCAACACCCAGGCAUGCGAGAUAGAAUUUGUAGACAAACCUAAUAUCAAUGCAACUGUACAGUAUGAAAAUGAUGGCCCCCAACUCUUUGUUAGAGACAUAUGGCUGAACUAUCUAUAAUGAUUUGAGUAUUUUCUUAUCUUC